UUCCCUCGCUGGCGUGUUGUAAAUUGCUCUAUUCCAUCAGUGAAGUCGUGGGUAAUAGUUGAAGGUAUCCAUGGUUUUUUUGUGGAAACUCGGGGUUGGCUUCUCGGGAGAUCAGGCUCGUAGCAGAUUGAGAUUGCUCCAUAUGACCUUUCGAGAGUUCAUCUGAAUUGGUCGUGACCAGGGAAGCGAAUGCGGACACUCCUAAAUGAGUGGGGGAUUUACAGGUGGGUGAAAUACUAUGAUAGCGAAAGGUGAUCCCAUGGUGUUGGUCGAGUUGUUGCUGUGAACUUGGAAGGGGUUGAAAUGUUGGGGUUAUGGAGAUCGUCACUCUGCUCCAACAAGGCCGCCAAGAGAAUCAUCCCUGUUCUGGGUGUUUUCAGGGUUUAUCACUCCACAAACGAUUCUGCCGGUCUCAGAGUUCGUUUGCAGGAUACUAGUUUUCAGGGUGUCAAAUCGAGCAUUGCUGGGUCUACUUGGCUGAUGACGAAGCUCGGUAAGGAAGGGCGGAUCUUGGAAGCACGCAAGGUGUUCGAUGAAAUGGCUGUGAGAGACGAGAUGGCGUGGACCACUCUGAUAUCUGCUUAUAUCAAGUGUGGGUUGAUUGAAGAGGCACGUAAGCUGUUUGAUAGGGCAGAUGCCAAGAAAAAUGUGGUGACUUGGACGGCCAUGCUUGGUGGGUACGUGAAGUUGGGUAGAAUACGUGAAGCGGAGACUUUGUUUGAUGAAAUGCCCCAUAGAAAUGCUGUCUCGUGGAACACUAUGAUUGACGGGUACGCACGAAACAAUCAAGUUGACUCGGCCUUGAAGUUGUUUGAGAGCAUGCCGGGGAGGAAUGUGGUUUCAUGGAAUACAGUUAUCGCUGCUUUGGUAAAGCGUGGGAGGAUUGUGGAGGCAAAGACGCUUUUUGAUCAGAUGCCGAGAAGGGAUGUAAUUUCCUGGACAGCAAUGGUGGCAGGUUUGUCUAAAAGUGGAAUGAUCGAUGAGGCAAGAGAGUUGUUUGAUAAAAUGCCAGAACGUAAUGUCGUCUCAUGGAACGCAAUGAUCACUGGUUAUGCACAGAAUAAGAGGUCAAAGGAUGCUCUUGAUUUGUUCGAGAGAAUGCCAGAGAGGGAUGUGCCAUCAUGGAAUACGAUGGUCACGGGGCUUAUUCACAAUGGAGACAUAGAGAGGGCCAGGGAUUUGUUCAAUGAGAUGACCCAGAGGAAUGUUGUCUCUUGGACUACCAUGAUCACAGGGUAUGUUCAGGAUGGGCAAAAUGAAGAAGCGCUGAAGAUAUUAUUGAAGAUGAUGGCUGAUGAUGAGAUAAAGCCUAAUCAAGCAACCUUCGUGAGCAUUUUGGGCGCUUGCAGUGACUCGGCGGGUCUUGGGGAAGGAAAGCAAAUUCAUCAGGUAAUUUGUAAAACACCAUAUCAUGAUGAUAGGUUUGUGGCAUCGGCUCUCAUAAACAUGUAUUCAAAAUGUGGGGAGUUAGUCACUGCAAGGAAGAUGUUUGACGAUGGUUUGUGGAGCCAAAGGGAUUUAAUAUCAUGGAACUGUAUGAUUGCAGCUUACGCUCAUCAUGGAUGUGGAAGAGAGGCGAUCACUCUGUUCAACCAAAUGACAGAUUUGGGUUUUAAACCCGACGACUCCACCUUUGUGGGGUUGCUCUCCGCAUGUAGCCAUGCUGGUUUAGUGGAGGAGGGCCUAGAGUACUUCAGCAGGCUUGUGCGGGACGGAUCCGUGCAGUUGAAAGAAGAUCACUUUGCAUGUUUGAUUGAUCUGUGCAGUCGAGCGGGUAGGCUGGAGGAAGCUUUCGAUUGCAUUGAGCAAGUUGCGGACAAGCCAUCUGCAUGUCUUUGGGGAGCCCUUCUAGCGGGAUGCAACUAUCACGGGAAUGCAGAAAUCGGCAAGGUGGCUGCAGAGAAGCUUUUCGAGUUGGAACCAGACAACGCUGGUACAUAUUCAUUGCUGUCUAAUAUAUACGCAUCGAUGGGUAAAUGGAGAGACGCUGCAAGAGUGAGGUUGGAAAUGAAGGAGGGGGAGUUAAAGAAGCAGCCGGGUUGUAGUUGGAUUGAGGUGGGGAAUACGUUUCAUGUGUUUGUGGUUGGCGACAAGUCUCAUCGUCAAAAGGAGCUUAUCUAUCCUUUUCUCCUCGAUCUUCACUCGAAAAUGAAAAUGAAGAGGUCUAGUUCUGUACAAAAUGAUGUUGAUCGAGCAGAGGACGAUGACUUUUCGGAAGCAUGAAAGUCUAGAUACUUGCCCUCUC